AUGUUGAGUCCUGUCACUCUUCGAAUUUUUCCUUCUUGUUACGAUUGCCUUUCGUGGUCGGAUGACGGAGAAUUGGCAGUGGCUGCUGGGGAAUAUGUCCACAUCCUAACGCCACGAAGUGCCGCUGAGCGGCAGACAGCAAAUGAUACCGGAACGGCUGGAGGCCAAUGGCAUUUCUCCCGUUUCCGAACCAACCUUUUCACCGCCAGCGAAUGGCCCGUGAUCUAUCCACAAGACCGUCAAACGUUCUCACUCGGGGCAGAACAGUCCAAUAGUACAAUUGUCGGCCUGAAAUGGUCUCCUCCGGGACUUGGAAGACACCGACGGUGUGUCCUUAGCGUACUGACAUCGAAUUUGAUGCUCUCGUUUUACGAACCAGUUGGUCUAGGGAAAUGGACGCGGGUUGCAAUUGUAAAUGAUGCCUUGAAGUCAUAUUUCGAACCUCUGGUCCAGGAGGAAGGCCCGAAACUACGCAAAUCGACGAUACGCAGCUUCUCAUGGUGUCCACCCAUCAAAGCCCCGCGUUCGGAGAAGCCCAGUACACCAUACUCGGUACCAGAUGCUGAAACGCGCUGGGGCGUGCAGUUGCUAGCAGCAACGAACGAUGAUAAUGAGGUGAUACUCCUACGGACGCAAAGAUCUAAACCGGAACCCAACCCUACAAGUUCCUAUGUGCUCAAGCUAUUAAGUAUUACUGCGCUAGGUGACCUGGCGGGUAACUAUCCCAUGAUCCAUCCUGGGUCUGUAUUCUCUACGACGCUCAAGUCUCGAAUCAAAGCUUCAAACCUCUCUUGUGGUCCAUGGCUAUUUCAAACGUCUGGGACGCAACAGAAUACCUACUCUGUGGCUAGCAAUGUGGCUGUCCUUUACGGCACGAAACUGAGGGUUGUGAAAUUGGAUGUGAAGUUGACGCAUGAAAAUGAUACCACUAAAUCAGAUUCUCGUCACAAAACAAGCGCUAAAACUACGGAACUUACCGGACUUUCCGGGAUAUGCUAUGAUCGCCACUACACGGGCCCUUUCCAGUGGUUAUAUACUGAAGCAUCCCAAGAGGUACUGCUCGCUGCUGGUAUUUUCGGCGGGCUUGCUGUCGUGUCUGUUUCCGCUGCUCGAUACCUCACAGGCGAUAUUGAAAGCACCGAGAUACAAACGCAAGAAUGGCCAUUCCAUGAAAACACCGUUACCGGAUUACAGACGGACGAAUCGAGACACUGGGAACCGAUUAGCGGAAUGUUCAGCACAUCAAACGAAAGAGACCAACAGUCUGCGCUCUACCUAAGCACAAUCGGAGGCUACGGAGCGGCGCAAGUAUUCAACGGCCUUUCAGAUCAUACUCCCUUUUUUCUCCCGCCAUGGAAAGCUGCAAUUGACGACUACACCGACCAAUUCGAUAUCGACCGCGAUCUUGGCGGCAUGGUCAUCGGGAGGACCUGGGGUUUGGCAUGUCACAACGACCAUCUUGCAGUCGCUUUCACCGUGCAUCCUAAGGAUAUGAUCGAGUACCGCACUGCCGCAGAAGAGCGUACCACGGUUGUCUUUAUCCCACUAGACAAACAGAGCGAGGAAGAAAGCGCAGUCGCCAUUAGCCAGCUACCCGCAGACCAGACAGCAGAACUGCAGCGCGAAAAGCGUGAAGCUGUUCUAGGAUACAUACUACAUGCCGAUCAGAGACCCGACGGCUACAGUGCACUGUCCAAGAAGGUGAUCUACGCUGCAGUGCGCUGUGUUAUUCUCGACUGUAAAAACGAGGCACUUCUCGCCCGUGCCCGAGAAUCAUUGGAGUGGUUAGUGACACUCACGGGUCUAGAUCUCCGUGAUGAAAUGUCCCGUUUGAGCGUCGUCGAACCGAAGUCCCAUGAGACGUUAGAACCACCAGGCAAGGAAAUCUUCGAGCAAUGUGAUAUCUGCGACGCAAGUAUUGCGUUAAACUCGGUGCAGGAGUCGCAAUGCGCGAAUGGCCAUGUUUUCGCUCGAUGCACUUUGACAUUCCUAUCCAUCCAGGAACCAGGAGUCUCGAAGUUCUGCUCUGAUUGCGGAACUGAAUAUCUAGAUGGCGAUCUCCUCGGUUCCCACUAUGAUGAGGAUGUUCGCUCGACGUGCCAGACGCUCUGUGAUGCGUUCGAUGUUUGUAUUUACUGCGGUGGGAAAUCUCGGCCAUAG